AUGGACAAGUUCAGGGCUUUCACCAACAGCGUCUCGUCAUCGGUCACGCCCUUUGCGAAUCGCAGCUCGCAGUGGUUCCGGGAGCAGACGGGCAAUGCUGGCGAGAAGACGGAGCUGCCGCACGACUAUGUCGAGCUCGAGACUCGCAUCGAUGCGCUGAAGCAGACGCACCAGAAGCUGCUGGCUGCGACGAGUCAGUACUCCAAUGAGGCUUACGACUAUCCGCCGAACAUCAGAGAGAGCUUCCAGGACUUGGGGAGGAGUAUCAGCGAUAAGGUGAACCUCCUCUCCAAAGCCUCCUCCGCCAGCGAGGCCCAGGCCGCCUUCACAGCCCCUCCUUCCGCCAAACCCCAGCCGAAGACCUUCUCUCACGCCAUCGCUCGCGCCUGCUUGGCCGGCUCCCAGAACAUUUCGACCGCCACUCCUCAAGGCUCCACUGAGCCCGACCCGCUCGCCCAAGGCCUCGAGAAGUUCGCCAUCGCAGAAGAGAAAGUCGGCGAGGCCCGUCUGGAUCAAGAUGAGAAGAUCCAGGGCAAGUUCCUCGCGGGCUGGAGCACCACACUCAACCAGUCCAUCAAAGCCGCCGACAAGGCCAGGACCGCGGUGCAGAAUGCCCGGCUGAACCUCGACGCGGUCAAGUCGCGCGCUGCGGCUGGUGGCAAGCACGAGGAGGCAUACACCGAGCAGCAGCGCCAUGCGAUUGAGCAGGCUGAGGACCAGUUCGUGGAGAAGGUGGACGAGGCGACGAGCGUCAUGAGGAACGUUUUGGAUACCCCCGAGCCGCUCAGGAACCUUGUGGAGCUUGUCAAGGCGCAGGCUGAGUACCAUCAGCGUGCGGCGGAGAUUUUGGAGGAUGUCGCUAAGAAUGUUGAGGAGAUUCAGGUGGAUCAAGAGACGGAGUACAGGAAGGCGAGGGAUGAGCAGUAG